UCCGUUUACCCAACUCUCAAACCUGGCUGGAGGCAAACCAAGUACCAAACCCCUCACCAUCUCUUGCGCGCAUGACGCACCCCGGCGUAAAUUAACAUAAUACCCUUCUGAUUUAUUUAUGUCUGAUGAUGGUACCUCGUCCUUCAUCCCAUCUUUCUCCGAACGACGUCGCCGACGGAGAAGAAGAAGAAUAAAAACCCAAAAACCAGUUUCUCGGAAAGCAAGUUUCCAAACGCGUAAGUAAGAUUUCACUCUCGGAUUCUUAUUUCCCACCCCCUCUAAUCCGUCUUCAUUUCAUUUGAAUUUCAAUCACAUCUCCUUCUUUCUCCUGCCAAAAUCGUUUUCUUGUUUUUCUCGGAACACAUUAAAUUAGGGUUUCUAGGGUUUCAAUUCCUUUGGAAAGAAAUAGGGUUUCUUUCCUUCCCAAUAGAUUGAAUUCUGCCUAGAGCUAGGGUUUCCACAUCUUCCAGCGCUUUCUGAUGAUGGUCGAUUGAUUGACGACCACGAUGGUGCGGCUUUUGGGACUCAACCGCACGUCCGAGCCGGACGAGUCGCCCCGUGAGAUCACCACCCGGACGAUCUCAACGAUUGGCGGAGAUGGCGGCGGCGGCAGUGGCGAGAGCGGUUGGCUCAUCCGAUUCUUUGACUCCGACUUCUUUUGUGAGUGGAUUGCUGUCAGCUACCUCUACAAGCACGACCACCCGGGUGUUCGUGAUUACCUCUGCAAUCGCAUGUACACGCUCCCUCUCUCCGGCAUCGAAUCUUACCUUCUUCAGAUCUGCUACAUGCUCCUCCACAAGCCCAGUCCCUCCCUCGACAAGUUCGUCAUUGAUAUAUGCUCCAAAUCCCUGCAAAUUGCCUUAAAGGUUCAUUGGUUCCUUAUGGCUGAGCUCGAAGACUCGGAUGAGGAUAAUGAGGGCAUCAGCCGGAUCCAAGAGAAAUGCCAGAUUGCUGCCACGUUGAUGGGCGACUGGCCCCCGCUCGUCCGCCCGCCAACCAGGAACCAACCCAUGAUCAACCGGAUACUCUCCUCGAAGCCAAAAUUCCUGUCACUGACCUCGUCCCCACCAGCCGCCAGUCCUACCCAACAGCGGUCGAUGUCCUUCACAUCCCCCUCGUCAGCUACCAACUUGUUCCAGGAUGAGGGGAGCGACAAGAAGGUCUCAUCAGACGAGAAUAAGCUGUUUAAGAAGUUCAUGCCUGGCACAAAAGUCCGCGAUGCUCUUUUCUUCCGGAAGUCGGUGGACAAGGAGGAGGUAGAAUCAGAUAAGGACGGGUUCUUCCGAAGGCUUCUUAGGGAUAGUAAGGAUGCAGAAGAAGAGCUUUCAUCGAGCACGGAUGGGUUUUUCAAGCGGCUGUUUCGUGAUAGCAAGAAUGAUUCGGAGGAUAAGGCUGGUGGUGGUUCGAAGUCAGGGGAAGAGGAUGAGAAGGAUGAAGAGCUUACGUCGAGCACAGAUGGGUUUUUCAAGCGGCUGUUUCGUGAUAACAAGACUGAUUCGGAUGAGAAGGCUGGUGGUGGGUCGAAGUUGGGGGAAGAGGAUGAGAGAGAGGGGUUCUUCCGAAGGCUUUUUAAGGAGAAACACGAGGAGAAGAAAGAUGCGAAUGAGAGGACAGAGGAUGAAGAGAGGGGGAACGGGAGUAUCGAGGAAGAGGAGCCCUCGGAUUUUUUGUCUUUCAGGAGGUUGUUUAGGGUGCAUCCAGAAGAUGUAAAAAGUCCAUCAGCGAAUGAAAAUGGCAGUGCUGGUGGUCCGUUUGAGAGCAGUCCGGGGACUGAGAAUUUUUUCCGGAGGCUGUUCCGAGACCGAGACCGAUCAGUGGAAGAUUCAGAGCUCUUUGGUUUGAAGAAGCACAAAGAGAAGCGACCUGGAUCACCAAAGCAAAGGAAUGAAAAAUCAUACUCAAAGCCACCAUUGCCCAAUAAUAUCACUUCUCAGAUUCGGAAGGGGACUUAUCACGUCUCGUUGGAGUUUGUUCAAUCAUUAUGUGAAACAUCGUAUAAUUUGGUGGAUGUUUUUCCAAUUGAAGAUCGCAGAAGUGCCCUUCGGGAGUCUCUUGCGGAGAUCAAUUCCCUUAUUUCUGCCGCUCAGAAUAGUGGAGGAGUGUGCUUUCCAAUGGGCAAGGGAAUGUAUCGAGUGGUUCAUAUACCUGAAGAUGAGGCUGUUCUUUUGAAUUCCAGGGAGAAGGCACCUUACCUGAUAUGUGUCGAGGUUUUGAAAGGUGAAAUUCCAAGCCAUACAAAAGAGACAUCUGAUGCUCAUAAACUUUCAAGAGGAGGGAUUCCUUUAGCAAAUGGAGAUGCACAAUUGCCGAAACCUCCUCCAUGGGCAUAUCCUUUGUGGAGUCCACAGGAUGUACAUCAUAAUGCUACUGAUAGGUUGUCAAGGUCUACUUCUCAGGCUAUUGACCAGGCAAUGGCUCAUUUAUGGGAGGCCAAAGUGAAAUUUGUUCACGUGGAUCUCUCCAUUGAGAAGCAAGUAAUUGACUCCCCAAGGAGUAGUGAAGAUAAUGAUCUAGAAUGGGUGCGAGUCAUGUUGAAAGCAGAUCCUGGGGUCAACAUGGAAGACAUAGAGGAUCAAGAGCCACCACGUCGGAAGGAUCAUCGACGUGUUCCUAGCACAAUUGCCAUAGAGGAAGUAAAGGCUGCUGCAGCGAAAGGAGAGGCACCUCCUGGACUUCCUUUAAAAGGAGCAGGUCAGGAUUCAUCAGAUGCACAACCAAAGGUUGCAAAUGGUGGUCUUCCCAAGGCUAGUGAUGCCUUGUCUGGUGAACUUUGGGAGGUAAAGAAAGAGAGGAUACGAAAAGCUUCAAUCCAUGGCAAAACACCUGAUUGGGACAUGCGUUCUAUUAUUGUGAAGAGUGGUGAUGAUUGCAGGCAGGAGCAUCUUGCUGUCCAACUGGUUUCCCAUUUCUAUGAUAUAUUUCAAGAAGCUGGUCUCCCACUCUGGUUACGCCCAUAUGAAGUCCUAGUCACUUCCUCCUACACAGCAUUGAUCGAAACGAUUCCAGAUACGGCAUCACUUCAUGCGAUCAAGAGUCGGUUUCCUAACAUCACAAGCCUGCGGGACUUUUUUAUAGCAAAGUAUGAGGAGAAUUCUCCAAGUUUUAAGCUUGCCCAGAGGAAUUUUGUUGAGAGUAUGGCUGGAUAUUCCAUAUUAUGCUACCUCCUACAGGUAAAGGAUAGGCACAAUGGGAAUCUCUUGAUGGAUGAAGAAGGUCACAUUAUUCACAUAGAUUUUGGCUUUAUGCUUUCUAAUUCACCUGGUGGUGUAAAUUUUGAAAGUGCGCCAUUUAAGUUAACUCGUGAACUUCUUGAGGUGAUGGAUUCUGAUGCAGAGGGAAUUCCUAGCGAAUUUUUUGACUAUUUCAAAGUGUUAUGUAUUCAAGGUUUCCUGACCUGUCGCAAGCAUGCAGAGCGCAUCAUACUUCUUGUCGAAAUGCUGCAUGACUCCGGUUUCCCAUGCUUUAAAGGCGGUCCACGGACAAUAGAGAACUUGAGGAAACGAUUCCAUCUAAGCCUAACGGAAGAGCAAUGUGUAUCCUUGGUCCUCUCCUUGAUAAGCAGUAGCUUGGAUGCAUGGCGGACGCGGCAGUAUGACUACUACCAACGCGUUCUAAAUGGGAUCUUGUGAGUUAUCACAUAUUAGAGUUUGGACUUCCCAGAUCGCCUUUUGCCUGGUCUUCUUUUGAAAAGACUGUCCAGCCAAACUUCCAUUCCUGUAUCGUGGCUGGUGGUGUUGAACCGGAAUGAUCAAUUUGUUGUUAGCUGACCAGCUUGGAAGUGGUGGCCAUAGUUUGCAAAACAAGGACCGAAACUGCCAACUCAUUGCAAUAUGGUUUUUGCGGGAAGCGAAAGAAGAAGAGAGUCCUUGUAUUUGAGCCAAGCAUGACUAUUAACGGGCUUGUUUUUCGUGAUCUAGAGUUAAAGAGUGGCUGUGCUUGCCUAUUGUUGAUAUUAACGUUUGGUGUCGAAAACUUGCAAGAGAGAGAAGGCUACUACCACCUGCAUCUGAAAUGCAUACUGUACAGAUUGGUAUUCAAUGGAGACAUCGACUGUAAAAUCAUUUGCCACUCGGCCGAUAAAACUCAUACAGCGACGGGCUUCCCAGGCAGCUAAAUUUUUGUUGUUCAUAACAUUGCAAUGGAGAUGAGCCGCAAAUUGAAAUUCAUGAGUUAAAAACCUUUGGGGCAUUUGUACAUCUUUCCCUGAAAGUUGCCUGAGUAAUCAGCAAUUUGGAAGUGGUCUGCUGUUUCUUUGGUCUUUCCCUGUUGUGAUGGCAAUCGCAGGGAUGAUUUCUUAAAUCUUUUGUUUGGAAAUCUUGCCACUAGAGGGAUCUCCAUUUAGUGUGUAUCAUAUUUUGUUGAUCAUGUUAUUUUGUAUAAGGUGAUUUGUUAUUCAUUUGGUUCUUCUAUGA